AUGAGAGGGUCUUGUAAGAGUCUUAGACUCACCGAUAUGAUGGAGAAGUGGAGGAAGUGGAAGAAAGGGCACUUCGCCGUGUACACCAGAGAAGGCAGGAGGUUUGUUUUGCCGUUGGAUUAUCUGAAACAUCCAAUCUUUCAGGUCUUGUUGGAGAUGGCAGAGGAAGAGUUUGGUUCCACCAUUUGUGGCCCUUUACAGGUUCCUUGCGAUGGAGGUUUGAUGGAUCACAUCCUCGUGUUGCUGAGGAAGAGGAGUUUGUCUGGCCACGGUGAUGAUGAUGGUGAUGAUGAUGAUGAUAUGAUGAAGAAGAACCAUGAUGUGUCCUCCAUGAGCACGUCGUGCAAAGGAGCUUCAUCGGUUUCAUAUUUCUUCCCUCUCUUUCGUUGCAACGCAGCUCAUGAUCAGACUAAGCUUCAGUCUCUAGUUUUUUAA